GCCACACGCAGCUCGGGGCAAGGAGGAGGUUGGGCACGGCGCACUCGACUCUUCCCCCACUUCUCUUCUUUCUCUUAUUAUCCGUCUUACAUCUCUCAUCGUUCCUCAAACCAUCUAUCGGCAGACGAACAACACCCCAACAUCCCCAGCAAAGACCCAAGUCCUCCAACCGCCAAAAUGGUCAAACCCGUGCACCCAGCAACCGUCCACUUCCCCAUCGCCUUCCUCUCCCUCAGCUUCGCCCUCGACAUCAUCCACGAACUGUCCCCCCGCCUCCCCAAAAACCUCGCCAGCAAGCUCCCCAUCUCCACCGACCUGACGCGCCUCUCCUACUUCCUGCUCUCCGCAGGCCUCAUCACCCUCCUCCCGGCCCUCGUGACGGGCGUGCGCGAAGCCGUCGUCCUCAUCUCCAAGCAAGGCAUCAAAGAAGCAGAUGGAACCGUGCGUCCCAAAGUCAAGGCGCUGAUUGCGCACGCCGUCUUCAACGAUAUUGUUGCCGCCGUGUCGGCGUACGUGUGGUACCAGAAGAGGUCCAACGCGGCGAAUACCGUUGCGGGCAAGUUGGGUGUUGGCAGCUUGGCUACGGGCGCUGCGGCGUACGCGCCUGAGAGGUGGAUGGUGGUUGCUGAGGCGCCUAUUUUGGCGCUGCUGUUCAUGGCGGCGAACAUUGGGGGUGUCCUGGCCUACAACUUUGGUAUUGGCUUUUCUGCUGGUGGUGCGGGCGCCAAGAAGAAGCAGUAGAUGGAUGGGGUGGUGUGUGCUUUUGGAGCACGGCGUGGAAGUGGGUGCUGCGAGACAGGUGGACAAAUGUGAGGUGUGGGAGGCGAGGAGGUGAAGGCAAGUGGUGGUAGUGGGUGGGAGGUGGAGUAGAGUGGUGGCGGGGAUGGACAUUUGUUCUGUGGAUGUGUAUUGAUAUCUUGAGCUGUCUUGAAUGAAAACCGUCCGUUCCUUACAACCCCGUCGUUUUUCCCAUAUUGUCAAUCAUACGGCAGCCCCCAGGCAUGCUGACUGAUAGAUGGCAGUCCAUUGCCUUACAACAUACGGCGGUCACGAAUGUUCAAAGAAAGAGUAGAG